UGCAUUGGACACCCUGGAAUUAUCACAUGCAGCCAAUCAUGCAUUGGACACCCCACGUUUACAACCACCGAAUAAUGGAAUGUGAUGGAAAGCAUUGGAAUCUCCUUUUAGCUAAUUGUGUCUGCCACCUUAUGCCAUUUAUGUCUACCACCAAACCACAUGCUUUUAUUAUUCAAUUCAUUUUCAUUGUAUAUAUAUUUCUUGCAAGAUAAUGGAAACAGGUAGAGGGAAUAUUGCCUUCUCACAUAGCUUUGUCUUGUACUUUUCUCUAAUAUUGUUUCUAAACCAUUUCCAUUAUGGUAUCAUGAGCCAAUCGUCUUCAAGCCCUCCAAAUUCCCCAACUCAUACAACCAUGUCUACUCUUGAGAAUCCCAAACCCGAGGACAAUCCUCAUCACCCAGCCAGUCCGUAUUUCAUUCAGCCUGGGGAGAAUGCCUCAUCUCCAUUAGUCCCUGAGUUACUCACCACCAAAAACUAUAUUACCUGGUCUCGCUCCAUGCGCAGAGCUCUAAACAUAAAAAAUAAGCUCGGUUUCCUCGAGAGUAAGAUUUCCAAACCUCUGGAUUCAGAUCCUUUGUUCCUCCCAUGGGAAAGAUGCAAUGACAUGAUCAUUGCAUGGCUCCAAAAUUCUGUUGGUCCAGAUCUUCGACCCACGAUUGCCCAUGCCGAGACAGCAGCAGAGGUAUGGAGUGAUCUCCGUGAGCGCUUUUCUAUAAAGAACGCUCCUCGCAUUUUCCAACUCACGAAGGCCGUGUCUUCCUUAACUCAAGAUACUGAUUCUGUGAGCAUUUAUUACAAUAAGCUCAAAGGGUAUUGGGAUGAACUCGAGGUAUACGAGCCCAUGCCUCUGUGUACCUGCGGAUCUGUCAAGGCUCUCAUGGAAUAUCAUCAUUGUCACAAGGUCAUGCAGUUCUUAAUGGGACUUCAGGAUUCCUAUGAUGCUAUCCGUGCUCAAAUACUUUUGUCUGAUCCACUUCCAUCAUUAAACCGUGUUUUCUCUCUGAUUCAACAAGAAGAGAGACGUUGGCAACUCCAUUAUGCACCAACACCAGCACCAACUGCGAUGGUCACACGAGGACUAGAUCCAAGGCUUUCGUCGUCCUCACGCAAGGAACGUUUAUAUUGCUCUCACUGCAACAUUUCAGGACAUUCCCUUGAGCGCUGUUUCAAAGCUAAUCCCAACCUUCCAGUUUGCUCUCACUGCUGUAUACCAGGCCAUACCAAAGAUAAAUGUUAUCGGUUGAAUGGUUAUCCUUCAAGCCACAAAAAUGGCCCCAAGUCCAAAUACAUUGCUAAUAUUGUUUCUCUUGAGCAGGAGCAAAAUCAUAAUGGCUCGCCCAUUACUCAAGAACAGUAUAGCAAGCUUCUUGCCUUACUCCAACCAUCUUCAUCCUCCACCAUUGACAACACACCUGCAGCUGUAAACCAGGCGCAGCUUCUCCACUCCCCCACCAUGUCUGGACCUUUCAACUUUGAUGACGACUGGGAAGGGUGAGAUGCAUGAUGGAUUAUACUACUUACAGCCCGAACCGCCUCCUCCCACUGCUCUUCACAAUUUUUUUUCUACCUUAUUUCAUUCCAAAAGUGUCAACACUGCUGUUAUUACAAAACAUGAUGAAUUUACUUUGUGGCAUUUUCGGCUUGGACAUAGCUCCAUGACACAAACUGUUUUAAAUGAUAUUGGUAAAAGUGAUGUUCAUUUUU